AUGGAUGGAUUACAUAGUUUGAUUUUACUUGCUCGCAUAGGGGGAGACCGUGUUACUUUGGCCCUACACAAACAGUUUGUAGUGCUAAAGUCCAGCACAGAAUAUGGUUCCCUGGUUGUGGUGGAGCUCAGAAGGGAAGAUCGGCAAUGCCAGACUGUUCAGGUGAACAACAGUGGCUGUAAGAAGCGGGAGCCCUUGACUGUCACGAAACCCCAUCGACAGCUCUGUCGCUCUCCAUGCCUUGAUCGGCCCAGUUUUUCCCAGAGUAGCACAGCGCAAGAUUUUCGUGAAGAUGAGACCAGUGCAGGAGCUGGGAUCAAGCUUGCCAGUGACAAAGAGUACCAGACUAAGAUGGACUUUGCUUUGAAAUUGGGCUAUUCAGGAGAGCAGGUGGAGACUGUGCUCAGCAAGUUGGGGUCUGCAGCUUUAAUUAAUGACAUUCUGGCUGAGCUAGUGAGGCUUGGCAACAAAGUAGAGCCUGAAAUCCAGCCUAGCAGCAGUACGGCCACAUUAGUAUCACGGUCCCCCUGUGUGAAAGAGACUGUCCAGAGUCCAGAAGUGUCAGUGGAAGAUGAACCUGUGGAUACCUUUGAUAACCUCAGACCUAUAGUCAUUGAUGGCUCCAAUGUGGCAAUGAGCCAUGGAAACAAAGAGGUAUUCUCUUGUCGUGGCAUCCAGCUUGCUGUUGAAUGGUUUCAUGAGAAAGGACACAAAGACAUCACAGUGUUUGUCCCAGCUUGGAGAAAGGAACAGUCAAGGCCUGAUGCUCUCAUCACAGAUCAAGAAAUAUUACGCAAGCUGGAAAAAGAGAAGAUACUAGUUUUCACCCCAUCUCGGCGAGUUCAAGGCAGGAGAGUUGUGUGCUAUGAUGAUCGCUUCAUAGUGAAGCUGGCUUUUGAUUCUGAUGGAAUUAUUGUAUCAAAUGAUAACUACAGGGACUUGUUUAUGCCACCCGAUGAUCCAUUGGGAAGACACGGUCCAAGCUUAGAAAAUUUUCUCCGCAAGCGCCCUGUUGUUCCAGAGCACAAAAAACAACCCUGCCCUUAUGGGAAAAAGUGCACAUAUGGACAUAAGUGCAAGUAUUAUCAUCCAGAGCGUGUCAACCAGCCACAGCGGUCAGUGGCUGAUGAACUACGGGCCUUUGCCAAAUUGUCUGCGGUAAAGACAAUGAGUGAGGGGGCUUUAGUCAAAUGCGGUACUGGUCCAGCAACUUCAAAGGGGGACAGCAGCUCUGAGGUCAAACGUGUGGCACCCAAACGUCAGUCUGAUCCCAGUAUUUGUUCGGUGGCCUGUGAACCUCCAGAGGCACUGUCCACUGUUAGGAAGUCUGAGACGAAUUCAGUGCCUUCCCUUGUGUCUGCUCUCAGUGUGCCCACCAUGCAGCCUGCCAAGAGCCAUGCAGCUGGGGCCUUGAACACACGAUCAGCCAGCAGCCCAGUGCCAGGUUCUCUGCAGUUCGCACACAGUUCUCUGGAGCACAUGUCUAGUGUACAGUACCCUCCUAUUUUAGUUACUAAUAGUCAUGGCGCCUCUGUUACGUAUGGUGAACAGUUCCCAAAGUAUGACUCAGUUAGCGACCAUGGAUAUUAUUCACUGCACAGCGAUUUUUCAAACAUGAGCAUGAGCAGCAUGCAUAAUGUUGACAGUUUCUGUAGCAUGGAACACGAGCAUGGUGUGUAUCAGAGAAAUCCCAGCCACUGCCCUGAAUCCUGCCUCAGCCAUUCUAACAGUGACUCAUUCUCUUCUUAUGGGGACCUGUACCCAAGUUCUGUGGACAGUAGCUUAGAGGAGAGUAUGAAGGGCCAGCAGCAGUCUCCUGCACAGGGCAGGAUGCAGACUUUCUCCCAUGGGUUUCGCCAUGAAGCACUGACUAGGGUACAGAGUUACGGACCAGAGGAGCCCAAGCAGGGCCCCCGUAAGCAGUCUGGAUCUCAUCUAGCACCACAUAUCCAGCAUGCUGCAGUGUCAGCCAGGUCCAGCUGCCCUGGAGACUAUCCCCUAACUCAGAAUAUCCUCCCGCCUUUGUCCUCACAGCCUACACGGUCUCUUGGUAUGACUCGUAUGGACAGCAUAUCAGAUUCAAGGCUAUAUGACAGUAACCCAAUGCGACAGAGGCGACCUCCACUGUGCCGUGAGCAGCAUGCAAGCUGGGACCCUUUGCCUUGUGGUAAUGAGUCCUACGGAUAUCAUUCAUAUCCACUGAGUAACAGCCUGAUGCCGUGUUGUGAGCGGGUGAUGGUUCGCAGCAUGCCCGACAAAAUGGAACAAAUCUGGAACUCGCCAUGGGAGAUGCCAUCUGCAGCUGAACACCAAGAGCGGUAUGUCAUCCCAGACCACCAGUACCAAACAUAUCGGAACCUUUGUAACAUCUUUCCUGCUUAUGUAGUCCACUCAGUAAUGGAGAAGAACCCUCAUUUGACAGAUCCACAGCAGCUGGCCGCUGUCAUUGUUACAAAAUUGAGGUCAUGCCACUGAGCAGUUAAUGAUAUGAAGCAUCCAAAAGAAGAAUUUUGAUUGAUUUUUUUGAUUGAAUUUUGAUUCAGUGUUGCUGCAUGUGCAACAUCUGCCCUCAGGAGAUAGUAUUUUUUUUAAAUGUCUCUGGUGGGAAAUCACAUUUUGCAUACGAGUUGACAGAAGUAAUCAGCAUAGAGAAAGUUUAAUACAUUAAAGACAAACUAAGAUGUUUAACAUAUGAAACCUAUGUUUUUAAAUGAAGUGUGAUGCAGUUUAUAUAAUGUAACAUCUUAUUAGAUAUCUGGUUCAUAACACAUUCAUACAACCUGAGCAGCAGCUGCACUGCAGGUUUGCACCAAAACCAUGAUCAGCUGAACCUUAGUUUAAAAUCAUGGUUAAUUCUAGAUAAUACACACCUACAGAAUUAUCUGCUAACAUCUGGCAGGAGAUCAGUUGAUUUUUAAUUAAUUACAUCAUGUUAUUAUAAAAAUUAUAUUUUCAGACCCAAAGUGCUCAAUAUUGAAUAACUGAAUCAUUUUGAGAAAUAGUCAUAUGAAUAUAUUUUUUAGGAUUCAUUUUCAUGUCACAAUUGACUUUUUUUUUAGUAUUUGCUUUGUCAGUUUUGUUUUUAUAAGUAUUCUUCUUAAUUACACUUUUACUUUAAGAAAUUGUAUUUCAUAACGUUAAAUCUGAUAAUGUUACUUUUUAUUUAAUUCUAUCAAUUUUUAUGACAGUGGUGUAAGUCACUAUACUCACCUUCCAGCUCCGUGCAUGUCUCCUGUCUCCUAAACCAACAUGCUCAUUAGCUGCUACUGUGCCUGGCCACUUAGCUUGCCAGUAAAAGCAGUAGUGUCAGAGUCAUUAUGAAUCAACCAUUAGGCUGUUGCUCUAAGUAGAUGGCACAGUGACCUAGAAACUAUUAUUUCUCAUUAUUUAUUGAGGCAACCGGCUGCAGACGUUACCGACCUAGCUGGUUGGGGUUAUGAGCUAGGUUUUUUGAAGAGACAUUGUUAAUGGCAGCUGCUAACGUUAGCUAGUUAAGGGUUACCUGAGUGCUGUUUUGGUUCUAAAGAUGUCCUUGGAAAUUAGAGCAGUAACAUUAUAAGUCUUGUUAAGAAACCCCUUAAAACUAAUGAGAUUUUUUUAGUCUUUUUUUUUUUAACUUUGUUAGCAGCAGUCUUCAAUUUGGUAACUAUAGUGUUGUUGUUGUAGCUAACAGGAGCUAUGUAACUAAUUUUGCUAGCUUCAGUUUAGCUGAAAGGUGAGAUGGCCCUGGACACACCUGUCAUGUACCUCAACUCAUGCGAACCAAUAUUUCUUAUUCCUUUCUUGAAUUAUUUAAGACAUUUUUGUUCUAUUUAUAUAUUAUGCACAGUUUAUUUACAUCCAGAUGUUUAUUUAUUUAACAAUAUACAGUAUGUAUUGCAUAUUUAAUAUUGAUUAAUUUGGGAUUCCAUAAAGAUGAUGGCCAGCUGGUUAACCAGCCUAAUUUAAAUCUAGCUGGUGCCCUAAUGUAAUCCUUACUCAUGUAGCUAGCUAGUGUAAUACUAAACCUAAUUCUUAUGUGAGUCAGUGUGUGAACUAAGUCUAUCAAUAAACAGCUUAGUUACAUGGUAACACAGUCAGGAUAAGAAGUAAUAACUCAGCAACUCUCCCACAUUUGCCAUAUUAAAUUUGACGGAGUACAUCAUCAUUUGUACACCAUGCAAUUUUUUAAAGAUCUUGUUCAGGGCCUGUGAAUGUGUUAUGAAAGGCAUCUAUAGUGUUUCUUGUCCAGUAGAACUAUAAAUAACCUUGCUUAGGCCUGCCUCUGCUGUAAAUAAUUAUUGUCUUUUUUGUGCUUUUAUUUUGAAGAGAAGUAAGAGGGAGGUAGGUACAUACCUCACAGCUAUGACAUUUAAUGGCCUUAUAUCUGAAUGACCUCACGUUUUAGUCAUUGUCUGAUUGGUUUCAGUGAAAGUCUCAGUCAUUGAAGCCUCCUAUACUUUCAAAUGUAAAGCACUAUCUCAUUAUCUAAAGAGAUAUAUUUUCUCAGCCUCACUUAACAAAGCUACUAUUUUGGUAGAAUUUGACAGUGCACAGAGCAAGCCAAAAAGAGAUUUGACUUGUAUACAUGUGCACAUGUUUAUGUACAUAUAAUCACACAAAAGCCAUUAUUUCCAAGUCAUUUAUAAGCUGCUUAAUAAUGCCAAAAAAGAUAAGAUUUCUAUAGUGUCAGUAUUCCACAUAUUGCAUUUUAAUUCACUGGAUUGAUUGGAUUAAAGUAUAAACUAACAUCUGUUUGGAUAAUUUCAUAUGGCGUACUGUAUAGUUACCUUUUUGAAUUUAUUGGAAGCUACAUAUAGGAUUCCUCUAUUUAUAUAUGUGGUGUGAAUUCAAGGUAUAUUUGUUUCAAACAGUAGCUCUAAUGGACUCCUUCAUGCUGUCAGAGGAGCAGGUUAAUUUUGAUUCAAAGACAAUAUUUACAAGCACUUAAUAAGUAUACGUUCCAGCUGUCUAAUUCCUGACACAUAAUUAAGAAAACAAGUACUUUUUAUCAGUUUAAAGCGUUAGGACAAACUUGGUUAUAGGUUUCUGGUGGCAUUUGGUCAGUUAUACACUUUUAAAGGGUUGGUUGUUUUUUUAACUUGUGCUAAGGUGACAGAGACCCAGGGCAGGGAAGGUGUCAUCACUGCGGCAGUAAUGAAAGGAAAGUUUACUUGCUUACACAUCAUUGCAUCUCAAUAAAUCAACCUGAAAGUCCAGUCUGUGCUGGACAAUCUUCACACAUUAAAACAUGCUGUCAUAUGAUGGAGCCUGUUGUCUUAACCUUCUAAAUGCUUCAAUUAAAAUAGCAGUGUAGCAGUGGCCUAUUAACAGGUUUCUUAUAUUGGAUACACUAGAAUUUUAUCAACCAUGUUUCAGACUGAGGAGACUAUUGACUUUUGCAGUGCACUGAAAUGAGUUGUGCAAUUUCACGUCUUUUAGAUGAAGUAACCUGAUUUCUUAAAGUGAACAGCUUUCUUAUGUGCAUGUAAACAGCAGAACUGCGAAUUUUAAGGUCACUGGGCUGUGAUCUGACUUAAGGAGGGACAAGCUGUAAAGAUGUACUAUUACAGAUGGAAACAGGGGUUACCAUCACAGUUUACAGUAAAUGUUUGCACAGUAAAUGUUCUGCAAAAGACUGAAUAUUUACCUGAUGUUACAUUUGCCAGAUAGAAUUAUAAGAAUCUGGCUGUGACAGUUGGGCAUGAGAGUGAGUUAAAUAUUUCACUCAUUUUGUGCUAUCAUGUAGAGUAUUAUGUUUCAGUAAAUGUAUAAAAAAUGAAGUGAAUGCUAGAAAGCAUGUUGAAGAUGGACUUGUAUGGAUUUUUUUGGGAGGCUGAAUUGCUCAAAUGCAGAUGUACAGUAUGCAUACAUGCAGCCAGUCUCCAAGGAUCAUUGAAGGGUUUGGCUGUGCCUUGCAGCACAUUGCUCUCAGGAUGCUUUCAGUUUUCUAAAUUUUUCUCAUUUCCUGCCAAAAACCAGUGGUUACUGGCAAGCGUCUACUCUGAUCUAGUAGUGAUGUAUUUUGUAAAAAAAAUCCUACAUGUAACAUGUAGUACCUUAAUGUUAAUUAUGUACAGUUGAAAUGUGGAGAUGGCAUUGCAAAACUUUGUACCUUUUUGUGUAUAUCCUUGUUAUGCACCUUGAGAUCUAGAAAACUGGGCUAAUAGGGUGGCUUUACAUGAUGCAGCUUUAGCCAGAUGAAGUAACGUUGGUGUCCAUAAGGGAGUUUCUGUAUAGUCGAAGACAAAAGUGGGUGUUUAAAAAAAAAAAAACUGCUUAGAGAAGAUUGCCUGGCAGUUGCUGAGUCAGCAAUCCUCACAGGACCUUUAAAUUUUAACAAUGAAUCGAGGCUUAAAGGAUAAGUUCGGUCAUUUUCUAUAUUAACAGCAUUUUCAACACUGUCCAUACAGAGCCUAAAGCCCCUCACCGACUGCGUUUACAUGCAGUUAAGUAACCAGGUUACUUAAGUGAAUGUAAACACAGUCACUGUUAACGUUUGUCAGUCUGUCAGUCCUGGAUUAG